UCAUUAUGGAGAGUUCACACACCAGAGCUGCUCAAAAGCUUGUGAAGGCUAGUUCACAGUCUGCAGUUCCAUGGAGCUCAACUAAUAGAGGAGUGGUGAGAUACAACAUUCCGGCUCAACAGGGCUUCAGAAGCCAUUCAUGGUCAAAAGAUUAUCUCAAAGAUCAACUCGGGGACAAAUCUAAGGUUUUUCAAAAGCCCCCAUUAAAGGAAAACACCAAGCCAGUGGAAUUCAAGCUCCACACCCAACAAAGAGCGGUCAAACGGGCAAUGUUCAACUACUCGGUAGCAACCAAGCUAUAUUUCAUGGAGCAACAGAAGAAACUAGAAGAAAGGCUGCAGAAGUUGAUAGAGGAGGAGGAGGUGAGGAUGCUGAGGAAGGAGAUGAUUCCUAGAGCUCAAUUGAUGCCUUUCUUUGAUAGACCCUUCUAUCCACAAAGAUCAAAUAGGCCUUUGACAGUUCCAAGAGAGCCAUGUUUCCACAACAUAAGCAGCAAAUGCUGGAGCUGCAUCUCCUGCAGUGGACUCUAUGAUUUUCAUCAGCAAUGUCCGGCUAUGAAGCCCAUUAAAUAGCCAUGGCCAACUUAAGCACCUAUGAUUUUGUGAAUGUACUUUCGCUGUUAAUGGUAAAUGCUGUGCAGAGAAAUGGGAGUGCUAGGGCAGUAGUUUUUGUGGUAGAACUGCCUGUGAAUAGUGAAGUAGUGAUCACUUUUCUAAUUGAAAUAAAGUGAGUUGAAUUUUGGUGUUUUUCUUUCUUGAUCA